GCGCGGCUCGGCCAGUACCGCCGGAGCCGGGGCCGCAGCGGGAGGGAGCCGGGGCCGGAGCCGGAGCCGCCGCCGCCGGGGAGGAUGAAGAUGCCAGCCGAGGUGAUCCGCGAGGGCGAGCUGGAGAAGCGCAGCGACAGCCUCUUCCAGCUGUGGAAGAAGAAGCUGGUGGUGCUGACCAAGGACAGUCUGAGCCUCUUCCCCGACGGGCACAAGCGGGCCAAGGGCAAGGAGCUGGGCUUCGGCUCCAUCCUCAAGGUGGACUGCGUGGAGCGCACGGGCAAGUACAUCUACUUCACCAUCGUCACCAAGGACCGCAAGGAGAUUGACUUUCGGUGCCCGGACCAGAGCUGCUGGAACGCCUCCAUCACCAUGGCCCUCAUCGACUUCCAGAACAAGCGGGCCAUCCAGGACUUCAAGAGCCGCCAGGAGAUGGAGCAGGCGGCGGGCACCCAGGAGCGGCGGCUGGCCCGGGCGCCCUGAGCCGCCGCAGCGCCCCGCACCAGAACAUACCGCUGGCUGGUAACCAGAUCAAGUGUCUUGGACUGAAAUGGGACAGGGUACCAAUGAAGGAAAGCGAAGACGAAAGCUGGAAGCCGCUUGGUUCUCUCCAAGCCUGUUGAGGCUGCUGAGCAAAGAGCCCCGAGCUUUGCCUGAGAUGCAUUUUUAAAAAGAAGAAAAAAAAAACAAAACAAAAAAGGAAACCAAAGACUUUCGAAAGGACUUCUAGCAAAGCGCCCACGUGUUUUGAGUGGCACUGCUUUGCCAACGAUUAUCUCCUAUUUAUGAGAUGCAAACAAGAGUCAACACUGACUGGUGGUGUUUUAAAAACAAUUUAAGUUAUUUGUAGUAUCUAUAUUUGUAUUUAUUUUGAUGAAUGUCUUUCAGCAGUUAUUAGUCUUAAUAUUGCUUUUACAUUAAUAUGUCCAUUCCAAAUAAAUUACUUGAAAUGUUCACUUUUUAUUACCA